GCAAUUUUUACAAAGUUAAAAACCGCUUGGGUAUCGAAGCGUCCUCUGGCGUUGUGUUGUUUACUACCCCGUGUUCGCCGGUUUGGCUUUGAGUUUCCGUUUUCCAACUGAGUUAUUAUUCAAAAUAAUCCGAGAUACCAUUUAAAAUGUCAAGUGAAGUGGCUGAGGUUGUGUCCGAAAACAAUCAGCAUGAUGGUGCUGAUGCCAAAGGAAAGAAGGGUUUGGUGAAGAAACUGUCUGCUUUGGAACGGACCACCCAAGAAGGUGAAGCACUGCUCAAAGAAAUGGGAUACAAAGAAGAUGGAGAAGAUCAAGGUAGACGGAGAACAAGGUCGGGUGCAAAAGUAGUCCCUGCAGCAUCCCCACCCCCAGCCAAGAAAGAGAAAAAAUCCCCCAAAAAGACACCUAAAACUUCUUCAGCUGGUACCGGUCGCAGAGGGAGGCCCCCAAAGAAAAGUGUCAAUGACAGCUCAACAGAAAAUGAAGAAUCUGAAAUGAAGGAAGAGGAAAGAACAGAGGUAAGCAUAGAAGAAGCCAAAGAUGACACAAAACCAAUUGAGGAGUCAGCCAACAAAGAUGAAGAGAAACAAGAAACAGAGAAACAAGCAACAGAGAAACAAGAAACAGAAGAAAACAACAAGAAAGAAAACAACGAUGCCGCUACCACUAGUGAGCCGGUGAAAGAAAAAGAAGACAGCUCAGAACCGAAAAAAGAAAGUAAAGCCUCAGAAUAAAAACAAACAAAAA